UUGCACACUUUCGUUACGAAGUCCGGAUCGGAAAUCCCACUUUUUUCGCCUAACACAUUCAUGCCUUGUAUUGCUGGCUGUUUGUCUACUCCCAUGGAACUCCCUUUUAGUGAUAGGCUGCUUUUGCUCUGUGGAUAGUUCGUAUUCACCGAGGAACAUAGUUGUGGCAGUGUGCAGCUUUUGUCCCGGAGCCUUACUGGAAUUCAUUGCAAGGUACUACGUUCUUCAAUAGCUCGACGGAAAAGGAUGUGUCUGCCUGAGGUGUAUUGGACACUAAGUUUGUAGAUCCCAGGCUGAUGAUACGUGUCGAGUGGGUGUUGCAGUGGAAGUGGAGACCUCAUCGUUGAUAUUUGAGCAUUUUUUCACAGGCUUUUUUGUCGCAUGGUUUUAUUAUGCGAGUCUGCGUGUGAGAUGCAUGUGGAAGAGGAAGGGGCCUGCACAUUCAUUCAUUCAACCAUGAAUGUUGUCGUGAAUGUCAUGUGCAAACGAAAACUGCAUCGCAACAUUUUAAGGACUGGGAAUAUCACCCAUUGAGUGUGGUUGGGUAACUAUAUGACGUUAACGUGAAAAAAUCUGCAGAAGUAGUAGAAUUCUGUGUUCAUCCAAGGAUGUUGUAAUUUAACAAAGGUAUUUCACAAAGUUUCAUCACUCGGCACGAACGAAAAGCUGCAGGUACGAGUUCAGUUGCAUGUUUUAGACGCAUGGUGCAGUUUAUUGAGUCCUGUGCAGUGAAAAUGACAAACCCAGUCAUCGAGAAGUGGGGAAGUUGGAGCAUAGAAGUCUGUGAUCAUGUGGUGGCCCAACAGCGAGGAGCCUAGUGCUACGCCGCUUUACAGGGGAUUGUCCACCGAGGAGCCCAGGUUCAAACAAAUAAAAGCCUGGAACUGAAGCCCUGGAAGAUAUGUCAUUCGAGGAAUCAAGGAGCCCAACUGGCCUAACCACCCACACCUCCAUGUUCGCAAUAUACGAGAUCCCCUCUAACACCCCUAUUAUUAGCAUUUCAAAUCGUGUCCCUUUGGUAGACAGUUCCGUGGGUUUAUCACCCCUCUCGACCUUGUAGGCUUUUAUUGCUUCACCCAAUCUUUCGGUGACCGCCCCAACGAAGAAUGCGGUUUCGGCCGUUGGCUCCUCUUGUUCGUUCGACGUGACAUGUCCCAAUUACCCAGCUUGGUGUUGUUUCAAGUAGUCUGGCAGGAUUUUUCGCAUCGAUUGACGUUCUUGUUCAGACUGCCGCAGCGAAGAUCAAUUGAGAAUUCAGCAAUUUGGUCUGAGCGUUAGUUCCUUGGCCGUUGCGGGUAGCGUCACCAUUCUGUGCAGCGUUCUCGACUCUGAAUUCCAUUCCAGCUGGUCUCGCAAUCCAGCAAGAGACCUUAGUGACAUGAAUACUGGCCGCCUAAUCCAAGUUCCAUUCAGCACGGCACUGUUGAGCUGCUUUGAACUGGCUCAUCAACGGUUGGUCCCCUGUAUUCGUUGUAUAUUCCAGUCUGGAACAAUGCACGUUGUGCUUUUUACUCGAGCUGGGUAGUGUUGGUGAUUAGGUUUAAGCAUGAAACAGGAAUUAGUACAGGAGGAAGAAUUUUCGCUGAACCUGGCGGAGGGUGCUAUGUUUAGCUCCUUGAGCACUUGAUUAGGUUUCCUAGAUCAUGUUCCCGCAGGAGAACAGAAUAUUCAACUCCUAUAUGCUGGUUAUGAACCCGCUAGAACAACUUGUGGCAGAUUUGGAGCAAGAUAGAUCAGCGCGCGGUUUAGAUCAUCUGAUUCUGUCUAUUAUCCUAGUGGUGCUAUCACACUGAGGGUUAGAGAGAGAAUCAGAGGAGAAGCGAUUCCUGAACUUAAUGUCCUUGUUGCAAAGGAAAUCUACAUGCGUCACUCUGUUUAAUAGUGCAGUGAGCUUGCCUGGUACUGCUCAAAGAUAGGCCACCUUGCGCAGAAACACUUGAACAACGAACAUCUGAUCCAAUAUACCAAAACAUUAGCCCUUGCAGCGGAUAGGUCUCAACGGUUAUGAAUGACGAAAAUUUUGCUCUUGAAAAUAGACUUUCGAAUGCGGGGGAAUAUGACACCGCCAUAGCGGUGAAGCUACUAGCGGGUUGGGUUCAGACGGGAGAGGACUGCGAGACAUGUAUGACGCAGCUCAUCUGCAACCGGAUGAAUCAGGCCUAUUGUGUAGCUUGUUCCGAAUGGAGGAAAACUCCGUCUAAUUCCAUAGACAAGAAAGUAAAAAUUCCAAAAACGAAGCCAGAAACUACUACAUUGCUUUUAGGAGACGAUGACACGCCGUCGUUUAUUAGAGUCAUCAAGGCCUCACCAGGUCAGAAGGCAAAUAUCGGAAAGAAACUGAAGGAUAUCCAUAUGGAAAAGUCUAACCUGGAAGUUAAUGUGAGGAGCCCUAAAGAGUCGGCAAGACAGAGAAGCACGCUGCAGCAAAAUCUAUUUUGCUCGGUUCCUCCUAUUGUAGAUGACGAUUCUGGCCCCAUAAAUGCUGCACUCUGGGAAGAGUGUUCGAGAUACGAGAGGAACUUUCGAAGGAAUGAUAUGAAAUGCGAGGCUGCAAGGGGCUCCCCACGAGCAGUUCUCGAGGGCCCAGAAUCAAGUGGGUGGUCAGAGUCUACUUCAAGGAAAAGUCUCUUGAGCCUGUCUUUUACCGAUGAGGUUGAGGACGAUCACACUGGACUGGCACAAUCAAGUCAGAACCAUUGCAUGCAAAGUCUCUGGAGAUUGUUCGCAAUUCAAAAAUGGCAGGCUUUUCCCUCAUCUUCCAAGAAAAAAGAGCUACGCAUCUCGGAUCCCGUGUUGAUAACUUCAUCUGGCAGAAGCGAUGAAGAGGAACCUCACCUAGGACCCUCUGAUCACGAGUCUGUGCACGACUUGCUCGGCGUAUCCUGUAACGCAAAACGAUCCUGGCAGACAUUCUCGUACGAGGACAUUUCUCUUGCGACUAACAAUUUCGACUCAGAGCACCUUGUCGGCAAAGGUGGAUACGCGAAGGUGUUCAAAGGAGUUCUGAAAAACGGUCAGUUGAUUGCAGUGAAGAAACACAACCGGGGUGUCACAGCUGCAGAAAAGGAAAGGGAUUUCCUGACGGAGUUGGGCAUCGUAAGCCACGUCGCCCAUACCAAUGUAGCGAAACUUUUGGGCAUCUGCAUUGAAAACGGUCUUCAUCUUGUGUUCCAGUUUUGUACUCUCGGCAGUCUCCAAUCACUUCUCCAAUAUGGAUGUGGUGGCUUUACAGCACCAAAUAACCCACCAUUUUCUUGGGAGGCGAGGAUGAAAGUCGCCGUAGGAGUAGCCAAAGGUUUGCACUAUCUGCAUGAACAGUGUCAAAGGCGGAUCAUACACCGUGAUAUCAAAGCUUCCAAUAUACUAUUAGACACUGAUUUUAAUCCGCAGGUCGGUGCCGACAACUCACGUUUGCUGAAUACAGUUUGGAAGGCUUCUGCUUUACAUGCCAGCGUUCUUCGAUUUUAUGUUAGUAACAUGGUACAUUACUCUUGCGGCAUACAGAUUUCGGAUUUCGGCUUGUCAAAAUGGCUUCCAGAAAGAUGGAUGCAUCAUACUGUUGCACCUAUAGAAGGAACUUUUGGGUAUUUGGCACCCGAAUACUUCAUGUAUGGAAUAGUGGAUGAGAAGACGGACGUUUUCGCUUACGGGGUAUUGCUGUUGGAGCUUAUUACAGGUCGUCGACCUGUAGAUUCUAAGAAGCAGAACCUUGUUGCAUGGGCAAAGCCUCACCUAAACAAAUGCAACAUGAAGGAGCUCGCAGACCUUCGUCUUGAUAGUGCCUUCGAUGCUGGCCAAAUGCAGCGUGUAGUGUUAACAGCAGGCCUGUGUGUCCGAUCGUCAGCUCAUUGGCGUCCUUCAAUGAGUCAGGUACUGCAACUAUUGACAGAGGAAGGAGCUGAAAAUGAAUCCGAGGACCUGUCCAGACUAGUAUCAAGACCCCAUGAUUUCAUACCUUCUGACACCGAAUCUCAGGACUAUGGCUACUCAGAUAGUUACGAGAGUGACAUGCAACGGCAUAGAGCUCUCGCGUUAAAUUCCGAGUGAGAAAUGGAAGUGUACCAGUAUGAGCUUCUAUCCAUUCAAUUCAGCAACCAUGGAGAAAGGUGUCAGUACUUGGACGAUCCGUCUCUGAGGUGAUCCUCGGAGCAGUGCGUCAAUUUCAGUGUGCGAGGUGGACACCUUAUUCUCGUCCCUGCCUCUUGAUGGGCUAAUGGAGUUGCACUUAAUUUCUGUGCAUCCUGUACAAUACGUCAGUAGUAGACAAGCAGGACGCUAAGUGCAACAAGGCGUUUUCCUGCGUCACGGAAGAGAAGCUGGUUUCUCUUUGUGGGCUCAAUCACAUGUUGAACUGAUGACGAUGUAGUUGAACGUCGAGUGACAGUAAAUACUCGUUCUAGUGUAGGACAGUGGACUUGAAGUCACGAUGUGUAGAAUAACUCGAUGAUAUUUAUGCAAGUAAACAAGAAAAUGAGAGAUUUUCAUUUCACAGCAUCAAUGCGAAUCUUUUUGUAAUCUCUGAUGAUUAUGGUUAUGUACAAUUGAGUUGGACCACUGUA